UGGGUUUUAAUUUGGUAAGCAAUAUCCUUACUUCCGGUUAUGUCUGUGCUACUCGGUGCAGUUGUGUUGAGCACAGCCCGUACUGAAGAACUGUUAGGUUGUGUCAAUAAGUUAAAAAGGUGGACGACACGAAUAAUGAGAGGCCCUCGCGGUACUUGAACAGGAAAAAAGGUGCGGGAAAUACAAUGAAGGGUGAAGGAAGGUGUAAGGAGCCACCUGUUGUACGGGAGGUCACUGGAAAGCGACCCAAACGGAAGUGCCUGCAGUGGCAUCCACUGCUCUCUAAAAAGGCACUGGAUUUCUCUGAGGAGGAAGAAGAAGAAGAGGAUGAAGAGGAUCUGAAGAAGCAGGCACUGCUGUGUGACCAGGAUAUGAUGUCUCAAGCCCAAGGUGGAGACACACCAGAGGAAGAAGAAGAUUCAAAUGAGCAGCGGGCUCGCAGGCCAAUGAAUGCUUUUCUUCUCUUCUGUAAACGCCAUCGUUCCCUUGUGCGACACGAGCACCCUCGUUUGGACAAUCGUGGGGCCACCAAGAUCCUGGCUGACUGGUGGGCCGUGUUGGAACCCACAGAGAAGCAGAAAUACACUGAUAUGGCCAAAGAGUACAAAGAGGCCUUCAUGAAGGCAAAUCCAGACUAUAAAUGGUGUCCUACCACCAGGAAACCAGUUAAGAGUUCUUCAUGUCAAACAGUUUGCACUUCCCGCAAAAAAGUGUGGUCCUGCACAUCAAACACAUCCAAGGACUCACUCACUGCCAAAAACAUGCCCAAAACUGAUGUCCCACAGCUGAACUUUGCCAUGGCUGAUCCUACUAAAAUGGGAGGCCUCAGCAUGCUGCUGUUAGCUGGAGAACAUGCCCUUACAAACAGAGAGUCAUCUGUAUCUGUGGUGUCAGACAGAAAACCAUGCAGACAGUCGGCUCUCUUUCAGCUUGCAGAGAUGUGUUUAGCAUCUGAAGCUGGGAAGAUGGACACAGUGGUAUCUCAGCCAGGAAAAAGAUCGCCUGCAGACUCUUUCCGAGAAACUACAGAAAUGCUUUGGGUAAAAGAGGAGAAAUUGGACACUGUUGGGUGCCUUGUCUCCUCAAACACAAUAUCAACUUCCCUCUCUACUACUAUGACUAAGAACAUUUCCUCCGAACUUCAUAGCCAAAAUCAAUCUGUCGAAAAGAGCAGGAUAAAAGAGGAGGUCCUGUUGAAUGACAAUGACGAAAACAUACUUUUCGCCCAAAAAGUCCUCAUAAACCAGAGCGAUGCACAGUCAAAUAUUGAAAAUGUCUCUUGUAAAAUUGAGACGGGGACUAAAGAUGUAUGGAAGGAUUCAGAGGCAUUCAAGUCAAAAAUCCAGAAUGUUUCCAGUGGUGAAAAGUCAUGUUGCCCUAAAAAGAAGAGCAAACCCAGGACUAAGACUUCAAUCAAAGACCAAGAGGAGCUGGAUGAUAAAAGUAUUUACAUGACUCCUGAGGCAGAAAUAGAAGAAACAAGUACAGAAAGGACAGAAUUUCAGGGCAGCAUGGAAAAAUGCCAAGAGGUCUCUUUCAGUAGUUUAUCUGUGGGGUUUAAAGAAGACGACGAUAGAACUGAGGGUUCCGUUGAAGCAGAGUCCAACACAGAGAUCCGUGGUGCAAGGAAAUCUGAGAGGACCUGUAAAGGUGCCCUGUACAAGACCCUUGUUUCUGAAGGAAUGCUGACAUCGCUGAGAGCCAAUCUUGACCGUGGUAAAAGAGGUGCAUUUCGUGCUUCUGAACAAGAAGCAAACUGGGGUGAUGAUAGCUGGACAGUUCCCCAAUUAGCACCUAAUAACACCAAGAGACUGAAAAAGGCAAAAUCCAAAGAUGACUCUUCUCAGGGACAACUUGAAGAAGAAUUUGAAAAGAAGUUUAACAGCCUGCCGCAGUAUAACCCAAACACAUUUGAUAAGAAGGGGUUUGUUGUCACAAAGAGGAAGAAGAUUGAUUGCUCUUCUACCCAGGAGGAAACUUCCAAACCAGGCAAAGGACCAUCACAGAAAAAGACUUCAUUCCACAAGAUUAUUAGGAAGCACAAACACUCAAAGAAGAAACCAGCAGUUGGACAGAAGGAUUCCACUACAUUGAUUUCCGUUUCGAAAGACAAAUCUUUUGCGGCCAAUGCCAUGUGCCCAGAUGUGCAGGGCACCACAGGUGUGGACAUGCUUGUUGGUAGCCAAAAGAGGAAGGCAAGGAAGACUAAGAUCACACACUUGCUGCGCAUGACAAAAAGCAGUGUAUCUCUGUUUGAGGAUCGAAACCAGGUGCAGGAGAAGAAGCCAUUACCCCAACUGACUUUAUGCCAUGAACAAGGAUGCUACAAUAAUUCGAGACCGGCGGAGAUGAGCUCUGAAACUCAUGAGCUACCGGCCUUCUUCAGUCUAGCUGCACUUGCUGAAGUAGCAGCCAUGGAAAACGUUCACAGAGGCCAGAAGGGCUUGGCUGAGAAUCAGAAGAGGGAGCUAGCCCAGACUCCUGUCCUCAUCUUUUGUGCCGAUCAGUGAAACUUUGCUGCUGUUGAAGAAAGCUACAUGGACCAUGGCAGCAUAUUUUUGUAUUUGGCGAACCUGCUUUUUAAGGAAUUUCAUGUAUGAAUUCCGGUGAGAUUUGGUUCUUGGUGUGGAAAGUGAUCCUGUACUUUUUCUUGACCAACCUUAUUCCUCCUCUCCACUCUCUGUGGUUCCUCAAAGCCUUUGGAAAAGGUAAAAUACCUUUCUGAACUCCUUACACCUUUAGAUACUCUAACUGGGUCUGUGGAAGAGCAACGCCGUACGAUGGUUGCAUUCAGAUAUUGUCAGGGUUUUAUUUUUAACGUCGCCUUUAUGAAGGUCAGAGGUUGUUUUUUAAAACCGAAUGCAAGUAAAAAAGACUUUAUGAGUGAAGGUUUUGUUAUUUUUUUACCUCACACGAGCUUCUUUAACAGAAUGAGAUGCUCCCUUCAAUGCUACUGUUUUAACCCUCAAAGAAUGGUGAUGAUGGAUACACCUACUAGUUUUGUCUUUAGGUACACUAAUAUAUGAUGUACUUUAAAUAUGAAGGAACUUUAGUUGACUAUUUGAAAUAUAUGAUAUGUACAUACUGUAAGUCAGAAUGCUGUCACGAUAAAAAAAAAAUUGUACACCUGCA